AUGAAGCUCAUGUUUGUGACUUUCCUGGGGGCUGUAGGAGCUCUAGCUCAGUCUAUGCAGAUGCCCGACAAUACAACACACUCACUAGGCAACCCGUUCCGCUUGGUUACCAUCCAGCGACCCGUUCCCAAGUGUCAGCACAGCCGACCAAGUAUAAUCAGUUACAUCGAGAAUAAGAGCUUCAAUUUCUCUCAAGUUAUUUUCCCAACUGACCUCAAGGCUCCUGUUUACGGCUACACUAUUGAUAAGGAGUGGCUUCAGGGACACGUGCUUCAAGACUCCAUGCUAUCUGUUGAAGGAACACAUAAUGAAAACGACUUUCGAUGGAGAUGCAUGCUUAAAUGCCUAGAAAACUACCGUUGCGCAUCGUGGGGGUUUCUAAUGAGCCGCACUGCGACGACUAAGAACGGCUUGAUGGUCUGCCAGUUUUACAAUGCUUUGGCUGGCGGAAUCUUAUUUUUUAAGCAUGAAAAGGACAAGACGGGUUUGGAGCUUGUCAGCGUACAUAAUUUGGUGUGCCCUUCUGAUGUACAACGAUAUGUGGAUAUGUCAGACGUUGGGGAUCAGAUGGAUUAUGCUGCAAACAAUUUUAGAGAAAUGGAAAAGGACUCGGGGCUGACCAGAAGCUCUGAUGGCGAGCUAACAGAGGCGGAAGAGGAGUGGCUUCGUAUGCGGGAGGAGAAGCGGAUGAAGGAGGCUGACGAUAACCAGAAAUGGGUGAAGCCAGUAAAUGGAGUGAAAAGACACUCAGAGAAGAGGAGAGCGAGAGGAUAGUUAAACUUUUGCCUUGGAGUAGACUACAUUUUUUUCUUUCAUGUAGACGGGAUAUUUAGUAUUAGAGGGUGGCCUGCCAUCAAUAGCCACAUAGGUGCUGUCAAUGAGCGAGAAUACUAAAAAAUACACAUAAAAAAGACCACUAAAGAAGCUGGGCUAUGUUUACUGUUGACAAUGCCAUGAUUGUAUCUCUCCUUCCAAUGCGGCUUUGUUUCUUUAUCUUGUUAUACUAUCACCACAUGCCG